AUGACAUGCCAAAGCUUAGUAUUAACUCGAAAAACGAACGUUUUGUUGGUAAGAAGCUUUACAAUUUUGGUACUAAUAUGUAUAGUUAUGAAGCCAGAAGUUUGUUUCUCUAGUGUCUUGUCUUCAUUGAAGGCUCUUCAUUUACAAGGCUAUAUAACUUUUGAAAACAAUGAAUUUGCAUCCCGAGAUUUCGGGAAUCAAAUUCACUCACAUCCUUUAGCAGUAGUACACCCGAAAUCUGUUACUGACAUUUCAGAGAUAGUAACACAUGUCUGGCAAAUGGGCCCGGCCUCAGAACUGACCGUGGCAGCAAGAGGCCACGGUCAUUCUCUUCAAGGCCAGGCCCAAACGCGCGGAGGAGUUAUAAUCAAUAUGGAAUCAUUGCAGCAGGAUCAAGAAAUGCAAGUUUACUACAAUGGAGUGAAAUUCCCUUAUGUUGAUGUCUCAGCUGGUGAAUUGUGGAUAAACAUAUUGCAUGAGACAUUGAGAUAUGGAUUAGCACCUAAAUCCUGGACUGAUUAUCUACAUCUUACUGUUGGAGGUACUCUGUCUAAUGCUGGCAUCAGUGGACAGGCAUUUCGUCACGGCCCUCAAAUCAGUAAUGUCCACCAGCUGGAAGUUGUAACAGGAAAAGGAGAAGUACUAAUUUGUUCACAAGAACAGAAUGCUGACCUCUUUCAUGCUGUUCUUGGAGGACUUGGUCAGUUUGGCAUAAUAACUAAAGCAAGAAUCUCACUCGAAAGAGCCCCGAAAAUGGUGAAAUGGAUAAGAGUGUUGUACUCUGAUUUCUCCGCAUUUGCUAGAGAUCAAGAGCGUUUGAUAUCUGCAUUGAAAACAUUCGAUUACAUAGAAGGACUUGUGAUUAAGAACAAAACAGGUUUACUGAAUAACUGGAGAACAUCUUUUGACCCUCAAGAUCCUGUUCAAGCAAGCCACUUUGUAUCAGAUGGAAGAACACUCUAUUGCCUUGAACUAACCAAAAAUUUAUACCCCGAAAAUUUCGAUACAGUAAAUCAGGAAAUUGAAGACUUAUUAUCCCAACUAAGUUAUAUUCCAUCAACACUUUUCAUGUCAGAAGUUCCAUACAUAGAUUUUUUAGACAGAGUUCAUGCAUCAGAGCUAAUACUUCGAUCGAAAGGACUUUGGGAUCUUCCACAUCCAUGGCUCAAUCUUCUAGUCCCUAAAAGCAAAAUACAACACUUUGCUAAUGAAGUUUUUGGCAACAUACUAAGUGAUACAAACAAUGGACCUGUUCUUGUCUAUCCAAUUCAUAAAUCAAAGGUGGAUAACAGGACUUCAUUUGUUUGUCCAGAUGAAGAUAUUAUCUAUCUUGUAGCCUUUUUAUCCCAUGCAAAUCCUUCAUCUAGCGGAACGGACAGUUUACAACAUGUUUUAACUCAGAACAAAAGAAUUUUAGACUUCUGUGAGGUGUCACACCUUGGAGUGAAGCAAUAUUUGCCUCAUUACACAACACAGGAACAAUGGAGGAAACACUUUGGUCCAAAAUGGGAUGUUUUUGUACAGAGGAAGUCUGUUUAUGACCCUUUAGCCAUGCUUGCUCCUGGACAGAAUAUCUUCCAAAAAGCAAUAUCAGUUUCAUAA